AUGGAAUCCAUCGAAUGGGCGAAGAGACACGUCUGGAACCUUCCAGACGGCUCUGAGGACGAUACAGUUUCCGAAUGGGAUGACGUGAUGAGAAUCAUGGGCGUGCAGGACUUGUGGAGAAAUGCCAUUCUGGACCCGAGGUUCGCCAGACCUGGAAAAGAGCACACUGCGAGGUAUAGUACUGGGUCAUCCAGACGAUUGGAGGAGAAAUGGAAACACCUGGUUGAGCUCGAUGAGAGGAUGAAGUUGGAUCCAGCUGAAAUCGAGGCAGAAAAGCAUCGCAUCGGAUACGAGGCAAAUCUGCUAAGAAAGUAUGCCGUCAAUGGUAGCGAUAGCUUUGAAUGA